GGGACCCAUGAACACAAGGAGUUUUAAGAAGAACAAAUAAAAGAUGGCAGGAGGUGGAGGAGACCAAGAAACAAAUUUGGAAUUUACACCAACAUGGAUUGUUGCCUUGGUCUGCACUUUCAUAGUUGCUAUCUCUCUUGUUGUUGAAAGAAUCAUUCAUUAUGCUGGCAAGUAUUUGCUUAAGAAAAACCAGAAGCCACUUUAUGAAGCCUUACAAAAGAUCAAAGAAGAGUUGAUGCUGUUGGGAUUCAUAUCUCUGCUUUUGACUGUUUUCCAAGACAGAAUGGUUAAAAUAUGUAUUCCUAAGCACUUGACCAAUAGUUGGCUGCCUUGUAAAAAGGAUGAAGAUGCCAAUGGAACUGUCCACUUUCAGACCUCCUCUGGAAAUUUCUUCUCUUUAAUUCCAGGAGGAAGGCGCCUGCUCGCUGAAUCUGCUAAUUCUGGUUAUUGUGAGGCUAAGGACAAGGCACCAUUGCUAUCUCUCACAGCAUUACAUCAUCUUCAUACAUUUAUAUUUGUGCUGGCUGUUUCACAUGUUACUUUCUCAGCUCUUACAAUUUUAUUUGGUGGUAUAAAGAUACGUCAGUGGAAAUCUUGGGAGGAUUCUAUCCAGAAAGAGGAAUAUGAUCCAGAAGAAGUAAUUCGCUCUAAAGUUACACAUGUCCAAGAUCAUGAUUUUGUCAAGGGCCGAUUUCUAGGUUUUGGUAAAAGAUCAACUUUAUUAAGUUGGCUGCAUUCUUUCGUCAAGCAAUUUUUUGGAUCUGUCACAAAAUCAGACUAUACAACUUUGAGGCUCGGCUUCAUUAUGACUCAUUGCAAGGGGAGCCCGAAGUUCAAUUUUCAUAAGUAUAUGAUACGUGUUCUUGAAGCUGAUUUCAAGAAAGUUGUUGGGAUUAGCUGGUAUCUGUGGGUAUUUGUGGUCUUGUUCCUAUUGCUAAAUGUUCAUGGCUGGCACGCUUACUUUUGGAUAGCAUUUGUUCCCUUUGGUCUUUUGCUAGCUGUGGGGACUAAACUAGAGCAUGUGAUAACUCAACUUGCUGGAGAGGUUGCAGCAAAGCAUAUAGCGGUUGAAGGAGAUUUGGUUGUGAAGCCAUCAGAUGACCACUUCUGGUUUCAUAGGCCGCGAAUCGUCCUACUCCUCAUUCAUAUCAUCCUUUUCCAGAACUCCUUUGAGAUUGCAUUUUUCUUCUGGAUUUGGGCUCAAUAUCAUUUUAACUCCUGCAUUAUGGGACAAGUUGGUUAUAUCAUCCCAAGACUUGUCAUAGGGAUGUUUGUUCAAUUCCUUUGCAGUUAUAGUACUCUGCCGCUGUAUGCAAUUGUCACACAGAUGGGAAGUUCCUUCAAGAAAGAAAUAUUCGACGAACAUAUACAAGACGGGCUUGUUUUCUGGGCUAAGAAGGCUAAAAGAAGAGCUGCCAAUGGCUCCAGCCAAGUUGGACAUAAAGAAUCAUCUCCUUCUCCUAUGGCUGUGCAGUUAUCACAAGUAGAAAUACAAGAAUCUGCAAUGGAAGAAGGCGAUGCCGGGGAAAUUCGGCCCGCGACCAACCAACUCAACUCAAAAGUAAAAUAAGCUAACAUUUCUCCCAUCUUUCAAAGCUGUUAAAAUUGUAAAAAAGCCUUGUAAAAAUGAGGAACUUUUACAGUAGAGGGUAAACAUAUACCUACCCAAGAAAGAGAAAAGAAUGAUCAGAGACGUUUUGAAUAAUUUUCCUAAUCAAUUGAAUUAUUUGAUGCAUGUUUCAA